AUGCAGUUAACCGACAUAUUUUACGUGACGUUAUUGGUAGUCGUUACUGCAUCACUUGCACAAGAGUAUGAAGAAAAUCGGGAAUUAACGAAGUCAAAAAUACAUAACAUAAGAAAGCGUGAAACUAUUGUUCUGUAUGAUAAUUUUCCUGUAGAGCCGAUAUAUAAUAGUAAACCCAGCGUGGUAUAUCGUAGAAUAUCCCACCAAAGACAUAAUACUAAACCGAAAUAUGGACCACCUAGAACGAAGUAUAGAUACGUGAAACCAUCAAGACGACCUCUAAAAAAAUAUAAGAAAACACCACCAAAGUAUGGACCACCACAGUAUGGACCACCAAAGUAUGGACCACCUACACGAAAGAAACGACCAUAUAAACCAAGAUAUGGACCUCCGCAGUAUAGCCAAAAACCUAUUUAUGGACUUCCAAAAAAAUAUCAACAAUUGUUUUCAUCAUCAGAACCUGUUGGAUUUGGAGAACCGCCAAAUGACUUUUACCAAGAGUACAGUAACCUAAAGCAAUCAUUUGCAGAACCACCAUCGGAUUUUCCCGGACUAUCUAAAGCCGCAUAUAAUUUGUAUCAAUUGCAAGAUUUUAGCCCAAUGGGCCUUGAAACGCAACAAGCUUUUGACCUAGACAAUAAACGUUGGACGAAUAACUUAGACUUGGAUACAAACUUAGAUUUUACCAACAAACAACCAAUUUUUAAAACACAAUUUGAUGUAUCCUUACCCGACGACGACGUAAACGCAUAUGUAGAAUUCAAAAACAGAGGUCUCCCAACCGCUGAGGAAGAACAUAAUGUAUAUGAAAGAAGAAGACAGCCGUACUUUAUUGAUGAUAAUAUUUCCACCAAACCCAAGAGAAUAAUGAAACCAAAAACUGAAGCAGAAGAAGUAGUGGUAGGAGGUCAGUACGCAGAACCACCAGCAAGAAUUGUGCACAAAAGCUACUCCGAAGACAAUCCAUAUGAAGAUGAUAUUUCUUCGGAUAUAGGUUACGUAGACCCUGACGUAUCUGCUUCAGCAACUAUAUCUCCGUAUGUUAAUUAUAAAAAUAGUAAUAUAGCAUUUAGUCCUCAAAAUCUAAAUGAUGCUUUUAGUAUAAUUGAUAAAAAAUAA